UUUCCGAAUUCUCUCUAUCUGACGCAAACGUGAACAGGUUGCCAAGACAGCAACGCUGUUGUUUACCAGACUUGAUGAAAAACAAACCACCAACGCGCCGUACAAUUUUUAUUUUCUACAGCUCCUUGGCAAAAACUUGUUUCGAGAGCCAGACAUGUGGAAGGACAUGUAGAGCUAUAUGAGAUGGCUACCGCACCACCUAUGGAAAGAAUAUUUUCAAGAGGUAUUUUGUCUUUUGAUACCAGCUUAUCUACCGCCAAGGAGCCAGACAAACACAGAAUGCAUGUUACAAGGCCUAAAUCUGCCAAAGCUCGCAGUAGACCAAACCUGAACUACUCCAAAAGUGUGGAUGCAGUUUCCUAUCAUAAUGUCCCACUCACACCAAGACCACCAUCAUCUUCUUCAAGUGAACUGGGAGACAGUCCUUUUAGACCACAAUCUUCCCCAAGACCACCAAGCGUCAAGACCCAACAUGAAAACACAGAGCUUGUUCAGCAGUUUCCAGCGAGACCGUCCUCUUCCCUAAACAGGUACCGCGUUCUCCCCUCGAUCGAGAAAAGGGGUUCUGGAGAUACAGCCAUUGAGCGCCUGGAAAAGCAGACUCAUGAACUAAGCAUGUCUUCUGCUCUGCUGCUAAAAAAGACAAGACCUUUUCACAAAGACCAGCCAACCUCAGGGCGAGACACAAAUAAAGAAGAAAAGAAACAGAGCAGCAAGAAGUGUUACUCCCAGACAGAAAAGAGGAACCCUGGACUGCCACACAUCUCUAGCCUUCAGACUCCUUCAGACGAACAGCCAAGCCUGCUUCUGGCAGUGAGAUCUCCCUCCGGUGAAAGAUUUCAAAAAGCUUUCCGCCCGUCGGACACUCUUCAAACAGUGCUUGCUGCUGCUGAGGCCAGGUACAACACUACCUACACAAACGGGAUCGUAGAGACCAUGGAGGUGCCCAGAAGAAGCUUCCCUGAUUCGUCCCAUACUCUGGAGCAGUGUGGUAUCCAAAACAAGUCUGUACUUUGUAUCCUGGAUUCUCUUUAGGGUCUGGAUUAGAUCAUCAACACAGAAAGGCAGGCAUGGCUGUACACUCUUAAUUGUGUAACAUAACCAAACUUACCUUGCAACAACUUUUUUAAUUAACAGAUUAUCAAUAUGGAAUAUCAAUAUUAAAUGGUUUCACAGAACUUGAUUAGCACAGACUACCUAGUGUUACCUUAGGUAAAAUAGUCCAAGAUUAGUGCUGAACAGGGUCUGAUAAACCAGGCGCGUAUGUUCAUUGUAACACGUACAGCUGGCUUCACAAUCUGCACUAUCCAGUGUUACUGUAGGUAAGGCAGUCCAAGACCAGUGCUAAUCAAGAUAUGUGAAAGCAGCUGGUAAUGCAGAUCUUUCCUGUGCAACAUGUAAUGCAGAUGAAGCCCUGUUACCUGUAACACAACAAUGAGCUAGCUGGUGUCACCUGAAAGGAAUAAACAGCAGCAAUUCACUUGAAUUGUGUUAGUACUAAUGAGCUACAAAAUGCUUUUCAAUGCUGAAAAAAAAUGCUUUUCAUAGAAAAUGCUUUUUUUUUAUGAAAAGGUUUUGUUUACGAUGCCAAUAUACUGGCAAAUACAGGCCGAAGAACAAUGAUUCAUGCUUUAUUCUGUUUUUACUACACAAGAACUUGCUAAUAAGAAAUGAAAAGCAUAUUUGUUGUUAUAGAAAUAGGCUUACAUUUUAGACUUCCCUGAUAAAAUCUAUUUAGCUGUAAUUUAGCAUUGGUUAUUGGGACUUGGUGCAUGUGUCCAAAAAUGCAUAAAUCCAUAAUUUAAUCACAUGUCAAAUAUACAAUUAAAAUAUAAUUCAAUCAAAAGUAACAGUUUAAAAUACACUAUUUAAAAGCAGAACAAGAGAUCUCAAGUGGUGCAUCCAGUAAAAGCAUUUGUGUAGAAUGCAGGACGCGCCCUAUAGUCUGGACGUCGCCGGUUUGAAUCCAGGCUAUUCUUUUGCCAACCGAGGACUGGAGCUCCCGGGGGCGGCGCACAAUUGGCCGAGCGCCGCCCGGGGGGAGGGAGGGUUAGGUCACCGCGCACCAGCGACCCCUAUAGUCUGGCCGGGCACCUGCAGGCUUGCCUGUAAGCUGCCCAGGGCUGCGUUGUCCUCCGACGCUGUAGUUCUGGGUGGCUGCAUGGUGAGUCUGCAUUUUGUAAAAAAGCGGCCGGCUAACGGCACAUGCUUUGGAGAACAGCGUGUGUUUGUUUUCGCCCCUCCAGAGUCAGUGAGGGGUGGUAGCAGUGAGCUGAGCUAAAAAAAUAAUUGGACACUACUAAAUUGGGGAGAAAAAUAACAAAAAACGAAUUGGCGACUACUAAAUUUAAAAACAAAAAAAGCAGAACAAUACCAUUGUCAUUCACAGGCAAGUUGCAACAAUGCAUGUUUAGAAAACACAUUUAUCUACUAUUAUCAGGGUAUUAUAAUUUAUAUUUUUGCAGAAGGUUUUGCUAAAUAAAUAGAAAAUGAGAUCUGGGUAGCUUUACUAAUUGAAUUUAAAAAAAUGAAGUAUGAAUAUGAUCAGUAAUAAAAGAUAAUUAUGUUCUAUAACGUCUUUAUUAUUAGCAGAAAAACAAAAGCUUAAUCCAGAUACAGUAUUUAUCAGAAUUCUCUAUGGGUCAUUUAUCCAUUCAAAAUCACCUAAAUUAAAUGGCACGCAAUAACAAAGUGAAAUGUAGCCUGAGGUUCCAUUAGACAAUUCACUAAUCGGUGUUCAGACAAAAUUAUAUUGUGUGUGUUGUCUUAAAUAAACAUGGUGAACAUUAUUUGUCUUUUUUAAUAACUCGCGUUUUCAUUUUAGUGUUCCACGGCAGGAUAUCCCUUGACUGGAAUUGAAGGGAUUUAAACAUAAGGUUAUAAGUUAUUUACAGUUUUUUGUAAAGUGGAGUCUUUAAAUUCAGGUAGUAAAUGCUUGCAAUGAACUCUGGUGAUAGGAAAUAAUUCCCGAUACAAUCUCUAUAUUUUCUUAAGAAAAUGUCAUUGUAUUGUCUUUGUAUUUAAUUGCCACAUUUCCCUCACUCUUAAUGGUGUCUGCAAUCAUUCUAAUUGGUUCAGGGUUCUGUUUUUCUAAUAACGAGUUAUUGUCUUGCACCUUACACAGGGUGAUUCAUAAUUCGCACAACAUUGUCAGAGCGUUUUAAAAAACUGGAGGGUACAAGGAGGACGAUAUUCAAAACAAACAUGUCUCUGACUGCCACUCUGUGACGCACCAUAUGGCCACCAUAGGGCUGUUCAAUAUUAAUGUCACCAAUCAAGUAGAACUGAAAUCAAUGCAAAACAAUGUUGUGCGAAUUCUGAAUCACCCUGGAUAUAGCAUCCUAGAUAUGUUUCUACUGCAUUUAUAAAAAUGUAAACUUUGAUUUGCUGCGCUUCUACUUGCAGAUUAAAUGCAACUGAGUGUCGGGUAUUACAGUAUAAAUUGAACUGUUAAUUACAGUGGCGCAGUACCACCACAGGGAUGAGUAGGCACUUUAUUGUUAAACACCAAUUUUUGCACUUUAAUAAUUUCGACCCCGUUAAAUGGACUGGCACGGCAUUUUGCAUGGAUGGUCUUGUAGGGUAAAUGUCUCUUGGCAUGGCUGAAAUCGUUCCAGUCAGAUGUGAAGUUUUUGAGAUCAUUUUUUAUUUGUUUGUUUAGUUUAUUAUUAUUAUUAAAGAGGCUUAGCGCUGAGAAAGUUUGGAGUUUUAGCCUGAAUUUUUUAGGGUAGGAAGGGGAUGGCCCAGAAAUACUGGUAAUACAAACAUACUAAUAUUUGGUGUUUAAAAAACACUGCAUUUAUAGCGAAUUUCUGUAAAUGUGUAACAGUGAAAUGUCAAGCUACUCAGAUCUGUAUUUCUGCGGGACUCAAACAGUGCAAGCUCUCAAGAGUUCACAGCACACAGCUUUUUCAGGAAGUUUGGUGUAGAAACGUCUUGCUUUUUCCAGGUUAUAAAGCACAGAUUUUUUUUUCUCGAUGUGAAAUAAUUAAUAUUUUAAAAUCAAGAGCACAUAUAUAACAAUUUUUAAAAUUAUACAAGAAAGAAGGAUUUUUGUUAACACUGGUGGUGUUUGUCUUGAAAAGCAGAUUGCUCUAGCUGAAGUGCAUACAAAAACCAUUAUGACAUCAUGCAUUAAUGAGGGGCUAUUUUGUACUUCUGUUUAUUCUUCUUCUUUGGGUCUGCAAGCAAAUUAAAGAAUUAUUUAUUUCACAAAAGGGCAACAUAUACAAUGGUAAAUACAUUUGUAUUCAUGUUGUACUUUCUGUACCUUUUUACCAAAGUUAUUUUUGUGCAUUGCAUUUAAAUCAUCUAAUUUUAAAUGCAUUUGUAUUUGUAAAAGCAGUGUAUUAAAUCAAAUGUCUUACAAUGUGAAUGCCCAACUGUGAGUAUCUUUUUCUUCCUUUGUUUUAUGUGUGAUGGUGCAGACCACUUAAGCUGAAAAUGUUUUUACAGCAGUUUUUGUUUUUGUUCUGUUCAUAGUUAUAUUUUGUGGAGGCUGUGUGGUCCAGUGGUUAAAGAAAAGGUUUGGAACCAGGAGGUCCCUGGCUUUAAAUCCCAGCUCAGCCACUGACUCACUCUGUGACCUUGAGCAAGUCACUUAACUUCCUUGUGGUCUGUCUAAGAUGAGGAGUGAAACUGAGAUCCUGCAACAGUGAUUGUUGUUGCAUAGUUCACAGCUUAGCCUCUGUGAAUUGCCUUGGUAAAGGGAUCUGCUAAAUAAUAUUAUGAUGUACUGCUAAUAUAGUUAUUCAUUAUAAAUAACACAUUUAAGCAGGAAACUUAUUUUCAUGUCUUCUACAAUAAAAUCCUUUUUAUA